AUGGAAGAUGCGAUACGGUCCAAGAUCACUGAGGCAUUGAAGCCCACGUCCCUUGAUAUCUUCAACGACUCGCAUCUCCAUGCGCACCAUAAAGCGAUGGAAGGAAGCACAUCAAAAGAGACCCAUUUCCGCGUAUACAUCACCUCCGACGCCUUCAAGUCGAAGAUGCAACCGGCGCGCCAUCGCAUGGUGUACGGGCUGCUAAAGGAAGAAAUGGCGAGGGAAGGAGGAUUACAUGCGCUGCAGUUGCAGACGAGGACGCCGGAAGAGGAGGAGAAGAAGAAGGCAAAGGAGGGUGCCCAAGCCCAAGCCUAAGCCACGUUCGAUUGACGGAAUGUUGGAAAUAAGCGAAAGAAGAAGGGAGUUGAGGUUUAGCCAUCGGCGCCGGGAGAGCCGCCAGCUUCAAUGGUGAGGGACAUAGGGGUGGCAUUUCACCUCGUUCCACGCCCAGGGUGAAGAUUUUGCAAGAAAGUUGGCGGUUACGCUUCGCACGCCACCAGGAGCUUGACGUUCGAAGAGAAGGGAACCUGG